CUCCUAGACAUCAUUACAAGUUCUGCUUCAGCUCUAAACAGACAUACGAGAACUACAGGAUCAUUAGAAGACCAGGGAAAAAAACCGACAGGUAGAGAGACAGACUCAGAGGAUGUCCAGAGGUGAAUGGGGUUUUCUUGAAAACCUGCUAGAGGAAAGUCAGGAGUACUCAACUGGUGUUGGGCGCGUGUGGCUCACUGUCCUUUUUCUCUUCCGUAUCCUCGUCUUGUGUACCGCAGCCGAGUCCGCAUGGGAUGACGAGCAGGCUGAUUUUAUCUGCAAUACCAAACAGCCCGGCUGUGAGUCUGUGUGCUACGACAAGGCCUUUCCUGUCUCCCAUUUCCGCUACUUUAUUCUGCAGGUUGUCUUUGUCUCCACGCCCACCAUUUUUUAUUUUGCCUAUGUGGCCCUGAAGAGACACAAGGAGCCAGAACAGGAAACAGUGGUGCAGCAUGGGAGACAUCAGGAUAGAAAAGCCAACGAAUGCAAGCUAGAGGUGAUUCAGGAAGAAAAUGAAGACAAGAAAGAGUCGCUUAAUGAAAAGGAAACGCCCAAGCUCAAGGGAAAACUACUGGGUGCAUACACUGUCAGCAUAAUCCUGAAGGUCCUAAUUGAGGUUGGGUUUAUAGUAGGUUUGUGGUUCCUGUAUGGAUUUGUAAUUCCAGCAAGGUAUGAAUGCACGAGGAGUCCAUGCCCCCACACCGUGGACUGUUUUGUCUCUCGGCCCACUGAGAAGACCAUUUUCACAAUAUACAUCCAGGUCAUCGCUUCAAUCUCUGUGAUCCUCAAUGUUGUUGAGCUUUUCCAUCUUCUUCAACUGUCCAUCACACAUUACCUGGAGAAGAAGUAUCGAUAUCAGCAGCUAAGGGCUCUUCGUGUAAUCGAGAAAAAUCCAACAAAACUGGAGUUCCAGGUCCGAGCUUUCCAAGAAAAAGGCAAUCUAUAUCUUCCAGGAGGAAAUAACAGCUAUGCGCAGCCAGACAUGGACUGGAAUGAGAGUAACCCGCAUUCAAUGGAGGAUGUGCUUCCGACAUACUUAAACUGUAUUGGUGGCGCCACACAGAGAUGUCACUACAAAAAGGAUGCUCGUACCAAUCAAAAAACUGAUCGGAAAGAGAAAGUUUCCAGUGAUAAGCAUUAUGUUUGAGCUUAAACAACGAGUGCAAUGGUCCAGUGUGGGAAAAUAAGAGAGUGGAAGAAAGAACUUUUUGCUCACAUUGUCGUGAGACAACUGCAAUUUCCUCCAUUUCCUGUUUGGAUGAUCAGCGGAAUGUAGCGCGCUGUAGACUCAACUCACUUUUACGACACGAUUUAAGAUAAAGGGACAAUACUCAUUGAACUGUAGCAUAAGACAUAGAAGGGUUUCUGAGAACCUUAUGGAGAAGUUUGAAUAUGCAGUACAAAACAAAGAUAAUUUAAUGUGUUUAAACAGUGUAAAAGGUACAGGAAAAAAAAGAAAAAAAAUCAUAAUUUAAAGAAUAGCAGUGAUUGUAGAGUGACUAUAGAGCUUAGUUUUAACUUUAAUGUGGCCUGAUUGGCCACAUAUUAUCUAAUAAAUAGUUAUUUAUUCAAAUUUUAAAGUGGUAUAACCACAAAGUCAUUGUAAAAUGUAACUUGAAAACUUAAGUCCAUCUGUUUCCAUGCUGUUAGCACUGUUUCCUUGUACUUCCAGGGGGUAUGUUCGAUUCCCUCCUCAGAUCUGUGUGCAUGGAGAUUACCUGUUCUUCCCCAAGCUUGGUGGGUUUCCCCCCAGGUACUCCAGUUUUCUCCCAUAGUGUUGACAGAUUUGGCUAAUUGGCAUUCCUAAAAUUGGCAGUAACGUGUGAAUGAGCAUAUGAAUAAAAUUGUAUGUAUGUAUGUAUGUAUGUAUGUACAAUAUGUAUGUACAGUAUGUAUGUAUGUAUGUAUAUGUGUGAAUGAGGUGCAAAUUCAUUCGAUGGAUGCAACAAUAAGAAUUGUCUACACAAAGAAAUUUCAUACUGUGAUAUUACGGACAUUUCAAAAUUCAAACUACAAUAUAUACACAAUUUGGAACUAUUUGCUAAAAUUGCCUAGGCACCUACUUUACCAGCUAGCAUGAUUUAUGUUCACUUUUCUCAUUCUGCUCUUCUGUUCCUUCUUUAAUUUUUUCCAAGCAGUAGUGCAGGGGAGCCUUUCCUUAAAUAAGUGCCUUUUUCAAAGCAGUAAAUAGCAUUUCAAAUCAAUGCAGGCUUUAGGUUGAGAUGAAUAGGUCUGAAAAGUCUCUUACUGAUUUUACCAAGUCUCUCAGGCAGCCCUUACCAUGUACAGCUAUUCACACUGAUAACAAAAGAAGUAAAAAAAAUUUACAUGCACUUAACAAAUCAAUUAUGUAACAGUGAAAUACAUAUGUGAAUUUAA